UUUUAGAAAUUCAAAAACGAUGUCGAAUAUCAGUGCAGCAGUUGCUGCUCCAAGUAUUGUGCAAUUCGUCCAGAUAGAUAGCUUGGUUGUCAUGAAAAUUGUGAAGCACGUUGAUUCAGAAAUGUACGCAGGCCUCAACGAAGUAGCUGGUGAAGCAUGCCAAGGGCUGCUAACUGGUUUGGUGUCAAGUGAUGACCGUCGCUUGGAAAUCACAAACUGUUUUCCAACAGCCAGAGCUGAGCCUAUGCUUGAUGGUGAUGAAAUAACGCAAAACAAUGUUUUGUAUGAGGAGCAAAAACAGGCGGAGAUGUUGGAUAUGCUUCGAAAAUUCAGAGAUAUGAACAUCGACUACGAACUUGUAGGAUUUUACCAAGCUCACCCAUUCGGUGCUUGUUUUGCACAAGAAACAAUCGAUUCGCUAAUCGAUUAUCAAGCAAGUGUGCCAGAUGGAGUUGUGCUUAUUUAUGAUCCUGUGAAAACUCGCCAAGGACAGCUGAGCAUACGGGCUUAUCGUUUAUCAACAAAAGCGUUAGAAAUGAGUUUAGAUGGUGACUGGUCACCGGAGAGUACAAGGGCAGCUGGCUUGACGUAUGAGAAUAUGCUUGAAGAAUUACCUGUAGUCAUUAAAAAUAGUCACCUGGUGAAUGUGAUGUUAGCUGAGUUAACACUGGAAAGUGGUUGUAUAACUCAGCGGUCAUCUUCUCAUCUCGAACUGGGGACUCGGAGGUCUUUGGAAAAAUGUCUUCGUUCGCUGAUGAGCGAUGUUGAUGACCUCAAUAGAACGGUUAUGGCAUAUACGAAAUAUGUGGCUGAUAAGCAACGCUAUGAUUUAACUGUUUACAAUGCUAUGCAAAAAAGGCAGGCGGAAAAUGAACAGCGAGAAGCUCGUGGUGAACCUCCACUAUCGUUUGACGACAUAAAAAAGAUGAAGCCACCUCAAUUGACAACCAAAUGUGGGAUGCUGGAAAGUUUUCUGUGUUCAUCAGAUGCUAGAGCCCAUUCCGACUAUGUUACAGAGGUUACUAGUGAAAAUAUCGCAAAAUUGUUUUUGGCAGAAGCAGUAGUCGACUUACAUGGUUCAAGAGACUGUAGCGGAGCAGCAGCAUCUGUGCGAUGAAAUUGAAUAUGAUUUUAUUCCACGACUAUCAUUGUAAAUCAAUUUUAGAUUGAACUUUUAUUGAACCUCUCUAUUAAUGAUGAAGUGAAAUUUAUUAAGAGUUUCAAGGUGUCUUUUUACUUUUUCAAUUUUCAGUUUGUCUGAAGUAAAGUCAAACUUGGCACUUUCAUCUCAUUAAUUAAUUACGUAAGCAAGGUUAAUUCAUAGCGUAAAAAUUUUGCAGGAGUUAUUUUUUCAAUUUAGUUGGUUCGUAACAAGUUCCCAGCCUAACCUUUUUUCAACGAAAUUUACAUUUUGAUUCAUGGACAGAAAGAUUUUUAAAUUUGAAGGCAAAUUGCCGAGCAAAAAAUUCUGUUCCAAAAAAUAUUUGCCUCCCAAAGGACAAAUCAAUUGUUCGGAGUAGAAUUUUUUGAAAUAUUUCAGUUUUUACAAGUUU